GAUCAGUAAGCAUAAGACCCUGAAAACUAAACCACCUAAACUCCAAUCAGUUAUUAACUACGGAGUCGAUCGUAAGUAAUCGAGUUCACUUCACCCAUCCUGAAGAUUUCAUGCACAUACUCCUUAGCCUGCAGGCUUCAGGGCACCAAUGCAAGGGAAGGGGUUUCAAAUUUGGUUGAGAGUGGGUCGGUGCAUCACCCUAAUGCUUGGGUUCCAUCCUAAGAGCACAGUCCCCCUUUCAGCUCUGGCGGAGGUGAUAGGCUCGGCGCUGAUGAGAAAAUCCAUAUUUCGAUUUCAAAUGCAAUAGAGUUUGAUUCGGUCCCUAGGCACAAUCGUGCAUCACCUGAUUUAUGCCCAGACCCUCCUGGUUCGAUUUCUGGAAAUUCAAAAGCGGCGUGAGGGAGAGACUCUCUUGACAUAAACAUCGAAUACCAAUCGAGCGACUUUCACCCCGGGUGCUGGAGGUAUGGUAUCUUCCCAAUAGCCGAGGCAGUGGCAGAGAUUUUCAACUCCAGAUCGUCCGUAAUGACGGCUCCCGAGCCCCAAAAGACCGUCGCCAUCAUCGGCUCUGGAAUGGCAGGGCUGGUGACGGCGUACCUGAUCCAGCAAGACCGCAAACGCAGAUAUGAAGUGGAGGUGUUUGAAAUGCAAGAUCAGUUGUCCUUGGACUCUGCCUCGUACACUAUAACUUCCCAAGAUCAUCAGACGUAUCGGGUGGAUGUGCCCAUGCGCGCAUUUGAUGAUGGCUUUCAUAACAACCUCAAACUGAUGUAUGAUCAUCUCGGUGUCAAAUACACAUCGCCGAAAUUCAUAUACCCGUUGUCUACCAUUUCCACAACGGAUGGAAAGAAGCUGCCUCCGCACUUUAUCCACUCAUCUAGCAAUCACCAAGUGCCGCCAAUUCGACCGGAAGGUUGCGGUUACGUGGAAUGGAUACUGCGGAUCUUGUAUCUGGCAGUCUGCUAUUUCUGGUUUACGGCUUGUUGCUUCCUGGUUGAACCCAGGCCAGCCACCUCCUCCGAUGAAGGUGAAUCAUUACGACAAUACCUCACGCGGGUUCGAUUACCGCGGCACUUCGUCAACACCUAUUUUUUGCCGUUGCUGUCCAGUGUGACAACUUGCUCACAUAGCGAGCUUCUUGAUUUUCCCGCGAUCGACGCUGUCGACUAUGCGAGGAGCACCUAUCGCCAGCCCCACUAUACCGUUGUCGGAGGCGUUCAAAACGUCCAGACUAAGAUCUCCAACGCCCAGUCUGUAAGGCUCGGCGCAAUUGUUACCCGGGUCGAAAAUGUUGAUUCGAAAGUCCAGGUCACAUGGACCGACUCGAAACGCAAGGAGGUCCAUUCCAGGCAGUUCGAUCACGUCGUAAUGGCGGUCACACCAAACGUGGUUGGCGCAAUCUACGAACCUCUCCGGAAGCUCAUGAGCUCAAUCCCCGUGAAUCAGGGAGAGGCGGUGGUUCACCGUGACCGAUCUUCCCUUCCAGAGUGUAACCAGUCACUGGGCAGGUUCGCUGCGAAAGCACGGCAAUCUGUGGACCCGACUCAAAUUCUACACAUCUGCUCCAACUCCUCGGCAACGGAAGCGAUACAUGAACACCCGUGUUCCGUUCUAGUGACGAGCUUUCCAAUCGCCCCUAUAGACCCCACCAAGGUUAUUCAUCGUGCGCGCCUGACCCGCGUUCUACGAACUCCGCAAAGCAGAACGAUAGUCAACCGGAUAUUCGCAGGGAAUUCCGAACGUGCGUACCAAGAGAAGGAGAAGCUCUGGACUAACGGCACCGGAAACGUUUGGCUUGCUGGAGCCUGGUGCUGGGACGGUAUGGUCCUGCUCGAGGGAUGCGUCGUUUCGGCCAUGAGAGUUGCCGCAAGCCUAGAUGUCGAAGUUCCAUGGCUAACGGGCCGAUGACUAACGUUUAGACGAUGUUCUACAGUGACGAAAUGAUGUAUAUACAGACAGGCGCACUUAUAAGUAGCCGUCUAAUCAUAUAAUUCUGCCAGUGCAAGAAACAUUGGCAUCUCUGCAUCUAGCAUAGUUAAUGUUACACACAUGUCUUCACAUGCUACGCUCUAGGAUACAUAACCGACUGUUUUGCCGAAGAGCCGCGGUGCGAGGCUGUCCUCCCUACUCUUGGGUGCGAGCGACCACUACAAACCCUCUCAAUACCCCCGUCCUUGCCCACCAAUUGAAAGCCUUCGCGGCUCCCUUGAACUUGCCCACGGUCAUUCCGUAUCGCCUAAGCUCCGCGUCUUGUUUCCGUAUGUAGUUCGCAAUGCCUGCGAAGACGUGUUCUGAGAUAUCCCUCAUCUCAAUCAUAUCUUGCUGGUACCCAGCCCGGA